UCAGUCCUAUUGUAGCUCUCGCUGCAACAACAACCACACCAUUUCACCUUAUUUCCUCUUCCGCAUCGUACCUCCUCAUAAUGUGCACAUAAUGAAAAAAAGUAUCUCUAGUGUGAAUAAUGUGAGAAUAGUUUGAAUAUCGAUUGGAAAAUUUAAGAGAAAUUCAUUAAAAAAAGUGUCCAUCCAGAGUUUCUUUUUCUAAUUCUUAAUAGAACAUUAAUUAUAAUUCUUUCUUUGUGAUUUUCCUUUAAUCAAUUCUCUAUGGGUACACAUUCAAGCCCAAUUAAAGUUUAUUAAUUCAGUGCCUCUCUGCAAUUUUAAAACUCCGACUUAAUCCCUAAACUAACCCCCGUAUUACAAUAAAAUCCAUCUAAACAAUAAGUUUGAAGAAAUUUUCACAAAAUGAGAAAAAUAGUGAUAAGUUUAGUUUUUAUAUUAUCAACGGCAGUUUUAGUCGAAGGACAUUCAAUAAGUGGAAAUACAACGGAUAAAAUUCUGAAAUUAAUACAGGAUUCCAAUAUGAAAGCAUUGCAGGACAUUCGGAUUGAUCUUCAGCCUGUUGGGAGAUUUCUCAGGUGGAUAUCUCAGCGAAAAUCUUCUGAUGUUGGUGAUGCAAGGAUUAUUUUUCGUGUUUUAUUCCAAGAGAAAAUGAUGUACGGGGCAAUGUUUAUAAUAGGCUCCUUACUAGUUUUGUCUCUCGGAGGACUGUGGAUGGGAUCUCAGAGUAUCGGUCUGGGUAUGGGUGUGAUGGGGAUCAAUAUGGCUGUCCUCAUGUGGAGACUCCUGAAUAAUCGCAAUGGCAACGGCAAUGGCAAUGGCAAUACCAACGGCAACGGGAACGGAGUUAAUGGAAAUGCCAAUGGAAUGGCAAUGUUAACCACGAUGGGCUUGUUAAAUCGAAUGGGAACAAAUGGGGGUACUGCAUUGAGAAUACCAAAUGGGGCAUCAGUAGAGAUAAAUGGUGACACCAUCACUACACAACGACCAGCUGCAACAAAUGCCCCCGCAAUGAUAUUAUUCGCAAAUGGGAACGGACAAUCAGGACCAGUUGUACCCCUAUUCAAUGCAGAACUAACAGCAAGUACUCCAACUAUUAGUCGUAUUGAUAAUUUUGGGAACUUGGGGAAUGUGGGGAAUUUAGGGACAUUCGGGAAUCUCGGGACAAUAGGAAGUCUCGGAACUAUAGGGAAUCUUGGGACAAUGGGAAAUUUAGGAAAUAUAAUCGGAUUCGCAAGGAUCCCUGUUAGACAGUAGCGGCGGUACGUCGAUCUAUUCACAUCCAUUUAAGUUAAUAUUAAUUUAUUUAAAAUACCAAAGAUUUUGUAAAUUAUUUUCCUAUUUUUGUAUUUUUUUUUAAUAUUUUUUUUUUAAUAAAAAUUGUAUAUUUGGCUUCA